AUGAAAUCUGUCUUCCUCUGCAUUCUUUCAACUCUGCUUGGUACCUUUGCCUAUAAUGCAGAUCACGUAGCUGGUGCCACACCCCCCUACUUGGUCUACCUGAUGUCUGAUUAUUUGCCCUGCACUGGAGUCCUGAUACAUCCUCUUUGGGUGAUCACAGCUGCACACUGCAAUUUACCGAAACUUCGGGUGAUUCUUGGGGUCACAAGCCCAACAGAUCCCACUGAAAAGAAUGUGGAAGUGUCUGGCUAUGAGAAAAUAAUCCGUCAUCCAUCCUACUCAGCCUCUUCUAUUUUGUAUGACGUGAUGUUAAUCAAACUGUCAAGAAUAAUUAGACCUAGCAGAUACGUGAAAACGGUCAAGCUGCCACAACAUAUCGUGCCUGUGGAUACAGAAUGCUCUGUCUCGACUUGGGCCUACAAUCUAUGUGACAGCACCAAGGACCCUGACUUACUGCAGACUGUGAAUAUCUCUGUAAUCUCCAAGGAUGAGUGUCAUAAUGCCUAUAAAUCCUAUGACAUCAAAGAAAACAUGAUCUGUGUGGGCAUUGUGCCAGGACGAAGGCUGCCCUGCAAGGAAGUUUCAGCUGCUCCAGCAGUCUGCGAUGAUGUACUUUAUGGAAUCCUGACUUACGCAGAUGGCUGUGUUUUGAGAGCUGAUGUUGGCAUCUACGCUAGCAUCUUUCACUACAUGCCCUGGAUUGAAGCUACCAUAAAAAAUAAUUGA